AUGUCCAACAAAAGUGAUUCCGGCAGCGAAGACACGGGGAUUUUGAAUGGAAACAGUCGAGCAAUCAACGGAGAACAGUAUGAGGAAGGCAUCUGUCGUGACUACAUGAGGAACGUUUGUACUCGCGGUAAACGAUGCCGCUAUAGACAUCCGACCCAGGAUGAUCGUGCGGAACCGCCGACAAAACGGGAUCUGACCUUUUGCCACGACUUUCAAAACAAUGGCUGUUCCCGCCCCAGUUGCAAAUUCCUUCACUGUUCCCGAGAUGAAGAAGAGAACUUUCACAGAACCGGUUUACUGCCCUCUAGACUGAACUACUCCAAUACGAGUAUUGUUCCACACAACGUGAUGAAAGCGACAGUCCCUUUGUGUCGGGACUACCUCAAUGGAGAUUGCAAGAGAGGGUUGAAAUGCAAGUACAGACAUGAAUUUGAGAAAAGUUGUGUUGAGUACGAUCGUAGAUGUGAUCGAUCUUAUGAAUACAUUUCAGAAAUUAAAAGACGUCGGUUAGAUGACGAGUAUGAAAUAAUUCGAACUGGAUUUGGAUACGCUCUUCUAGAGGAUGAAAUUGUUGUGCUGAAGAAAAAGGUAGGAGAGUUGAGGAAGCAAGUGUCCGACUUGUCUGCGAUAAAUGAAGUGUUAUUGGAGCAGAAUGCGAUGUAUAGAAUCAGCAAAGCCGCCGCAGCAGCCAUUCAGGCACCCACGAGCCAGCAACUUUCGGCUGUUGCUAUCAACGCUGUGACUCAGGCACACGCACAAGCCAGCUUGGCACAACUGAACACUUCCCUGACCCAACAGGUGGCUCUCAACAGUGACCUGGCUACCCAGCAUGCCUUGGCGGCUCAGAGAUUAGCAGCCGCAGUAGGUCGCUCUGUCCAACCCAGUCUAACCGUCUCACCGACUGCGACCUUGACUCAGAAUGUGGCUGGGGCGCUAGCGCUGACACAGAGCAACCUAGCCGUGUCCAUGGCGACCAUGCCGCAGCUGCAAGUGGCGCACUCGCUGACCCAGAGUCUUGGCGCCCCGUCCACCUCAUUGGUCUCCUACCCUAUCAUGUCACACAACAUGCGCUCAGCGGUGGAGGCUAACAACCUCGCGCACUAG